AUGCUGCGGGUUGUCGUGGAGUCAGCCAAGAUUAGCCCACCCCUAAGCCCCCCACCCAGACCCUGCGUGUCCAUCUACUUCCAAGAUGUCAAGAGGAGAACUAGUGAAGUGGAAGGGAAUAACCCCACAUGGAAUGAGACGCUAAUCUGGCACCUCUGGGACUGCUCCUUGCCAAAUGACUCUUGUCUGCAAAUCAUCCUUCGGGACAUGGGCGCAAUAAAGAAAGAAAGGUUCGUUGGCCUGGCUACAGUACUGCUCCAGCCCUUGGUGCAAAAACCAAGCAACGUCCUUUUUGUGAAGGACCUGACCCUGCUUAACCAUGCCAUGAUGUCCACAGAUUGCACUGUCACUCUACAGGUGGCCCUUAUGGGAAACCAGGAUAUUGAGAAGAUAGGCGAUGGCGACCUUCUGGGCAUAAGUGCACGAGAAGUGGCUAUGCAGAAACUGAUGGUCCCCAGCUCCGCCAUGUCUAAGCCUCUGUCUUCAAAGCCUCAGCACUUUCAGGUCCGAGUGAAGGUGUAUGAAGCCCGACAGCUCAUGGGCAACAACAUCAAGCCAGUGGUCAAGGUGGUCAUUGGAGGCUACCAGCACAAAACACGGAUCAAGAUGGGAAACAAUGCUUUCUUCAAUGAGAUCUUCUUCCAGAAUUUUCAUGAAGUGCCUGCAAAGUUCUUUGACGAGACCAUCUUAAUCCAGGUGAUGAAUUCCACACUAAUGAGAUUCAACGCAGAGAUCGGGAGAUUCCAAACAGAUAUUGGUUUUAUCUACCGUUCUGCAGGUCACACACUCCUGAGGAAAUGGUUAGGCCUCUGCCAGCCAAAUGAACCCAGCAAUGGUGUGAGAGGCUACCUGAAAGUCACCAUUUGUGUCCUCAGUGUGGGAGACCAGGCUCCGGUAGAUCAAAAGCUGCCCUAUGGGACUGAUGACACCAGCACUCAGAUCUUCAAGUCGACGGUGGUCCCGGUCAACUUGGCCUACUUACAUUUCUUCAUCUACUGCGCGGAGGACCUUCAUCACAAGAAACAGCACUUAGUGAGUCCUGUGUUGGAGGUGGAACUAAUUGGGGGAAAGCUCAAGACAAAUGUGCUGACCCAAACCGAGAACCCAAUAUGGAACCAGAUCCUGACCUUCCGGAUUCAGCUGCCCUGUCUCUCCAGCUACAUCAAGUUCAGAGUCUUGGACUGCCCCAAGAACAGGUGCCAGGAUGAGAUAGGGACUGUCAGUCUGUUCCUCAACCAAAUCUCAUCCACCGGAGCAGAAAUAGAAGGAAUGUAUUCUGGCUUCCUACCCUGUUUUGGCCCCAGCUUCCUGACUCUUCAUGGGGGUAAAAAGGCCCCUUUCAGGAUCCAGGAAGAAGACAUUAAUAUUCCCAAUGCUGUUAAGGAUGGCUUAGCUUAUCGAGGCCGGAUCUUCCUGGAGUUAUUCACCAACCUCAGUCCUCAUCAAGACGUUAAGAAGGAUCUCUCCUCUGAAGUAACCAAUAUAGAGAAGCACCACAACCGCCAAAAGUAUGGGCUGUGCGUCAUCUUCCUUUCCUGUACCAUGAUGCCCAACUUUAAGGACCUGAUCCAAUUCGAGGUCAGCAUUGGCCACUAUGGGAACAAGACAGACCUGAGUUACAAGCCUCUCGUCUCAACCACACAGUACAGCCCAGUGAUAUAUGAUGGAAACAUCUACCAUUAUGUGCCCUGGUACAACACCAAGCCGGUGGUGGCCGUGACCUCCUACUGGGAGGACGUCAGCUCCCGCAUGAACUGCCUCAACCUCCUUCACUUCAUUCGGGACCGCCUGAAAGCCAAUCUGGACACCCUGAAGUCCAUACGGAAUCCGAGGGACCCCGCUCUGCUCCCCCAGUGGAAGAAGCUGCUGAGAGAACUGGUGGAGGAUUGCAAGCACCCUCUGCCCUGCAUGACCCAUCAGCACAGAGCCACCGAGCUGGACAAGAAGAGGUGGCAGCUCCGCAGCCUCCUCCUGCAGGAACUGGCCCAAAAGGCCAAGGAAGCCAAGCCCAGGAACAUGGUGGCCACUGUGGAGAACUGGCUGUACCGCCUCAAUGCCAUGCUCCCUGAGCCCCAGGUGAGCCUCCCAGAUGUGAUGAUCUGGCUGAUGUCCAAGGGGCAGCGAGUGGCCUAUGCACAGGUGCCUGCCCAUAGCAUCCUGUUCUCCCCGACAGGGGUUCUGCACUCUGGCAGGUUCUGUGGGAAGACACAGACCCUCUUCUUGCAGUACCCAGAGGGUGAAGGACAGAAGGACACGCUCCCGGCCCACCUCCGGGUCUGCAUGUGGCUCGGCAACAUCACAGACAGCAAGGAUCUGCAGCUGCUCCGCCAGGGCGAAGUUGUCGUGUACGCGGAGACGUACGAGAACCAGGCCAAGUAUAAAGAUCAGUGGGGACAGCAGGGGCUGUACCACUGCCCCAACUUCUCGGACGUCAUGGGGCACAAGGCCCUUCCCAAGGAGGAUUUCAAGGCACCCCACGGAUGGCACUGGAAGGGGCAGUGGACAGUGGAGCCUCAGAGGAGACUCCUCCUGGACAUACACAUCAACAAGAGCCAAGUGCUGGAGGAAGUAUAUGAGAACCAGUGUCGCGACACCACGGGGGCCUGGGUGCCAGCAACCAUCCCCAACACGGACAUGAAUGGAGAGCCCGUGGAGUCCCGGGAGAAUAUGAAGUGUCCCCAAGGCUGGCACAUUAAGGAGAACUGGGAUGUGGAGCUGAACCACGCAGUGGACAAUGAGGGCUGGGAGUACGGAGUGGGGAUCGAGCCGUUGGGCCUGCCCCAGGUCUGGAACUCGGUGGAGAAGACCUACUACACAUGCCGCCGGCGGCGCUGGGUGCGUUUGCGCUGCCGGAACCACGGGAAGCUGGGCCUGGAGCAGGAGACCCUAUCCUUCCUACAGCUGGUGAGGGGGCCGCCUGGGCAGGCCAAGGAGGAGGGGGGCUGGGAAUACGGCACCUUCGGCUCCAAGUUCCACCUGACUCCUCAGCCCCAGAGCCGGUUCCGCCGCCGCUGCUGGCACCGCAGGCUGGUCCCAAACAAGGACAAGGGCAUCGCACCCAUUUUCCUGCUGGAGGGAUCGUUGGUUAUGGAUAUGCAAGAGCAGGCUAAGAAGGAAGAGAACAGGAUGCUGUCACAGGGUCUGAACAAAUCAUUCAUGAGCUUCUGGAAGACUGCCCCACAGGACACCCACCCACUUGACCUACCCUUCAUCUACUGCGUCUUCAACAAGCCCCACUACUACCAGCUUUUCUGCUACAUCUACCAGGCCUGGAACCGAAUGUCCAACCAGAUCCAGACAUUCCAGGGGCCCUUCAUUCGGUUGGUCUUCUUGAACCAUAGCCAGUGCACCCAAACCCUGAGGGGCUCUGCAGCCCCCACAUGGGCCCAGACGCUCAUUUUCCAGCACCUCCUUCUGUAUGAGAACCCCCAGGACACUGAAACAAGCCCACCACUCGUGGUGUUGGAACUGUGGCAGCAGGACUCUCAGGGAAAGGAGAGCUUGUGGGGCCGGAGCAUGUGGUCUCCAGUGGUCUGGCUGGAUGCCCAAAAACGGAUCCUGCCCCCGCUGAGGUGGCACCCCCUUGUAAAAUUGCUAGGGGAGGAAGAGGGUGAGAUCCUGGCAUCCUGUGAGCUGAUCCUCGAGACUGAGAGUCUCAAAGAGAGGCCGCCCAUCUUAAGUGUUCCCUGGAAGAAUGGGAUCUACACACUCCCCAAGAGCAUCCAGCCCACACUAAAGAAAAUGGCUAUCGAGAUCCUGAUCUGGGGCCUUCGGAACAUGAAGCAGGUGCGCUCCCCCCAGCUCCUGGUAGAAUGCUGGGAAGAGUCCCUGCAGACACAGCCCAUCAAGGACUUCCAGACCAACCCCAACUUCACCCAGUCAGUCCUCUUCCUCACAGUGUUCAUGCCUAUGGAGGAGGUCUACGCGCCACCCCUCACAUUGAAGGUGGUGGACAGUCAGGACUUCGGCCAGCAGACUGUGGUGGGUCAGGCCAACAUCAACUCCCUACAGCCCUACUUCUGCGACCCCUGGGCUGAGGACUACGUGCCUCCACAGCUUCCAAUGCUGUCUAUGAACAAGUACCAGAAGGUCCUAGAUUACCUCUAUGAAAAGUUCUGGUUCGAGUCCAGCAAAGCUGAGGACGAAUAUGAGCAUGAAGUGGACUGGUGGAACAAGCUGUUCUGGGCCACAGGAGAUGCCAAGUCCUUGCAGUACAAGCACAAAGACUACCACACCCUGAAGGUGUAUGACUGCGAGCUGGAGGCUGUGCCCGCCUUCGAAGGCCUGCAGGACUUCUGCCAGACCUUUAAACUCUACCAGGAAGAGCCCAAGUUGGACAGCCCUGUGGUAGGGGAGUUCAAGGGCCUUUUCCGCAUCUACCCCUUUCCUGAGGAUCCAGAAGCCCCCAAGCCCCCUCGCCAGUUCACAGUUUGGCGUGAGAAAGAGGACUUCCCUCAGGAGUGCUUGGUGCGAGUGUACAUAGUCCGAGCAAUCAACCUGCAGCCCCAAGAUGCCAACGGCCUGUGUGACCCUUAUGUGAUCCUGAAACUGGGACAGACAAAGAUUGGCAACCGGCACAAGUACCAGCCCAACACUGUGGAUCCCAUCUUUGGCAUGAUGUUUGAACUCAGCUGUACCAUCCCCCUGGAGAAAGACCUGGAGAUCCAGCUAUAUGACUUUGACCUGUUUUCACCUGAUGAUAAGAUUGGAACCACAGUCAUUGACCUUGAAAACCGACUCUUGUCUGGCUUUGGAGCCCGUUGUGGGCUCUCCAAAUCCUACUGCCAGUCAGGGCCCUUUAGGUGGCGGGAUCAAAUGCACCCAAGCUUCCUCUUGGAACGCCAUGCCAAACAGAAAGGGCUGCCUCCGCCUCUGUUCAAUCCUGAGGAGGACUCUGUUUUUUACAAUGGGAAACAAUUCAGACUGCAAAGCUUUGAGCCCAAGCCCCCUACUGUUCGUUAUUUGGGACCUAAGAAAGAACGCCUUGCACUGUACCUCCUGCACACCCAGGGGCUGGUCCCUGAGCAUGUGGAGACCCGCACACUAUACAGCGACAGCCAGCCAGGCAUCGACCAGGGAAAGGUGCAAAUGUGGGUGGACAUCUUUCCCAAGAAGCUUGGGCCUCCUGGCCCCCCAGUCAACAUCAAGCCCAGAAAGCCUAAGAGGUAUGAGCUGCGCUGCAUCAUUUGGAAAACUGCCCAAAUGGACCUGGGGAAAAGUCUAUCUGGCGAGAUAAGCGACAUCUAUGUCAAAGGGUGGCUAUUCGGGCUAGAGAAGGACAUGCAGAAGACAGAUAUCCACUACUACUCCCUCACUGGGAAGAGCGACUUCAACUGGCGGUUCAUCUUCACCAUGGACUACCUGGCAGCUGAGCAUAUGUGUGUCCAGAGCCAGAAGGACUACAUAUGGAGCCUGGACCCCACAGUGAUGAAGUUCCCAGCCCGGCUCAUCAUCCAGAUCUGGGACAAUGACAUCUUCUCCGCUGAUGACUUCCUAGGGGUCCUGGAGCUGGAUUUAUCUGACAUGCCUCUACCAGCCCGGCACGCCAAUAUGUGCUCCAUCAGGAUGAUGGAUACAGAUUCCAAGUGGCCUUACUUCCUCCAGUAUAAGCACGUCUCCCUCUUCAAGAAGAAGACUGUAACGGGCUGGUGGCCUUGCCAGGUCCUCGAUGGUGGCAAAUGGCGCUUGUCGGGUAAAGUGAAGAUGACGCUGGAGAUUCUGUCAGAGAAGGAAGCCCUAAUCAAGCCAGCAGGGCGAGGCCACUCAGAACCCAACCAGUACCCUACACUUCAUCCUCCCCUACGACCCAACACCUCGUUCUUGUUUCGGAUACCUGUUACAACCUUGUGUCACGUUUUCUGGAAACGCUACCACUUUAAAAUCAUAGCCGCUGCAAUCAUAUUUAUUAUAGCACUUCUGCUGUUCAACUUUAUCUAUUCAGCCCCGCAUUACUUGGCCAUGAACUGGAUCAAACCUGGACUUCGGCUGACUGCUCCCCUUAAAAUAUAUAGCAAUGUCAUCAAUCCACCAAACACCCGCAUUGCCAACCCUUCUGUCCUCACGGGCCAGCAUCUGAACCUAAAUCCUGCAGCAGACCAUGAGCUGAAAUUCCUCCAGGGACCUGUGAAUCACCUGCAAGACAUUUUUCCAGAACUUCCAGCCCUGCAAGACUAA